AUGCUAGGUUCGGAACUCAUUUCCCUUGAUGUGAACAUUUUACACUCUCACAGUUCAAUUCUCUACCCUAACUACGUCGAGCCAGUCUUGAAGCAAAUUAAAAAUAACGUUCAGACCCAGGACGGCACAAAAGCUGUCAAAGUCGCCUAUCACGUACCACGUCGUGAUGAUGAGAAGCAGAUUACUAACGAUAAAAAGCCGUACAUACUACGCUUUCUUGAAAGACAAUGGGCCGUAAGAACUGAAGUGGAGAGAGAAUCGAGGGUCGACUCGCCAAGGAUGAAAAAGAAGAAGAAGAUAGACGUAAUGAAGAAGCGCGCCAGCAGCGAUGCCCCUUCGACUUCGUCCGAUCCAAAAACAAGAAGGUUAAGCUAA